GCCGUCCCGUCCGUCGUCAGUCUGCGGCGGACUCUCGGAGGAGGAGGGCCGUCUCGUCGGCUUUCUCCGCCAACAUGGCGCUCGCUCAAGGGGCCAGCCGUUGUUUUGUUUGGUGUUGCGUCGGGGUCGUGGUGGUUUUAAGCUACGCCGUGGCGCCGUCCCGCGGCCUGCAGCAUGCCCUGCCCAACGUCAUGCCCUUCCGCGAGAUCCAGUACUCCCCACCAGUGUUGAACCACAACUACAGGUCGCCCGUUCGAUUCGAUGCCAGGGGCAUGGGAAACCUGUACAACUUGACCAAGAUGUUCAUGAGGAUUAUCCAGCGCGAGGAGCCGUACCCGCAGGGCCUCGUCAAGGUGGAGGACGGGCGCGUGGAGCUGGGCCCCGUGGAGUGGCACUCGCUGGUGGCGUACUACGGCGGCCUGCUGGGCGUGGUGCUGGCGGGCCUGGUGCUGGCCGCCGUGCUGCCCGUGGCCGGCCUCAUGUUCUGCUGCUGCCGCUGCACCGGCCGCUGCGGCGCGCGCUCGCAACCCUUCGACAAGCGCCACGACCCCUGCCGGCGCCACUUCUUCGGCGUGCUGCUGGCGGGCAUCGCCAUCGCCCUGCUGUUCGGCGUGGUGUGCGCCUUCGUCACCAACGAGUACAUGGAGAAGGGCGUGCAGGAGCUGCCCAACAAGACCAGCAACCUGGUGGCGGACACGCGGCUCUUCCUCCAGAACACGCAGAAGGAGAUCAACCACCUGCUCAUCACCAACUACAACGAGCUCUCGACCGCCCUGGACCAGAGCCUCCAAAGCAGCGGAGAGAAAAUGAACAGGCAGCUUGCUGAAAUAUCUCAUGCAACUUCUCUGGACAAUCUUACCCAGCUAGUGGCAGGUCUGGGUAAUAUUAAAUCGGAUUUAGCGGAGGUCAGCAGGCUUACAGACAAGUUGAGAUCUAGUGCACGGGUGCUGAAGAUAGGUUUAACUAGGGUCAGAAAUUCCCUUAUUGAAAUUUCAAGAAGGUGUAGAAGCAUUCCACAAUGUAAAGGGGUCAUGGACUCUUACAGCGCGCAGAUCAAUCAAAUUACCAUCAAAGAACAGUUUGAUGAUAUGCUUGACAAAUACUUUCCAAAGUUACCAAAUAUAUCAGAGAGCCUUCAGACUGUGUCAGGGCUUGUAUCUGAAGACGUGAAAAAUGAAUUGCUGAAUGGAAAGCGGCAGUUGGAUAACAUUCAGAGAGAGAUUCAAAGAACUGUCAAUGAUACAGUCCCUUCAAUUUCAAAGUCAAUUGGGAAAACUGGUGAUGAUGUGGGCCGAAUCGCAAGAAAGAUUACCCAACUCAUGGAGCGGGCUGAUCAAGCUGUGCUGCGAUACUCAGAAGCCCCUCUUGAAGAUGCCAAAGUUUACAUUCCUCAAUUUAGUCCUUACAGAUAUCACCUGGGACUUGUUGUGAGCUGCAUUCUUCUGAUGAUACUGGCCCCUAUCACAUUUGGUCUGUUUUGUGGAUUCUGUGGAAAGCGACCAGAUGCCUCUUAUAAUGACGAUAGCUGUACCAAGGGAACUGGCGCACGUCUUCUCAUGGUUGCUGUGUGGCUGAUUCUCUUGACGAGCUCUGCUAUAAUCUUAGUCAUCCUCGUUCAUUUUGUUGUCGGGGUUGUUGCUGAGCGCACAAUCUGCGAGCCCUUGCGAGAUCCCAGCGAUAACCAAAUCUUUGGUCUUAUUGACGAGAUAACCCCUCUGGAGAGCAUGCUCCAGGGCCUGGUGCUUGACUCGUCACACCACCGAGGCCGCCAUCGUCGCAUGCCCGCGGUCCACACGAGCGUCAGUUCUGUUAUUAUCGCCUGUCAUCAAAAUCGCUCCAUUUAUGAUGUUCUGGACUUGGAAGCUAGAGUUAAUGUUAGCGAGGUGCUGUCGUAUGCUAACAACCAAGGCCUUCAGAAUGCUUUGGAUAACAUCAAGCAACGCUUGAGUGUUGAAGGCCAAAUUGUCAUUUUACCAGAUCAAGCCAGGAGGAAACUGGCAGAACUGGCAGAGUCAUCACCUAGUAUUCCUUUUGACACAUACACUGAAGUGUUGGGUCAAAGGAUCACAGAGCUAAAUUUCACUGAGUUUGCUAAUGUGCUCCAGACUGUUGCGAGCAACAUCGAUGACCAAAGUAUUCAAGAUGAAUUGCAAGUGGAGGCACGAAACCUUAUUCAUUCCCAAAGAGACAUUGAAGAGUUGUCUGGAUUUGCUCAGAAUUUAAGUGAAAUGGUUAAACAACUUAAAGAACACUUAAAUAUAAAUCAUAACUCACUGAAAGAUGCCAUAUACAGUCUUAUGAAUGAAGUCCUCAAAGCUCAAGACUACCUCAACAAAGAUGGACCUCAAAAGCUCUUAGAGAUCGCUCAACAAUUUGCUGAUGAGUUUUUGAAUCAUGUUAGACAUUACAUGCAACGUGUUGUAGACCACACCCAUUCAGAGGUGGGAAAAUGUUGGCCCCUAAGUCGUGUUUACAAUGCCACACUUAUGGCAACUUGUGACGAAAUCCUUAACCCAUUUAAUGGAUUUUGGGCUAGUGUUGGUUGGUGCCUUUUACUUUUCAUCCCGUCUAUUAUUCUCUCUGUAAAACUGGCCACACUCUAUCAAAAGUCAGAUCCUUAUCCGGGACCCCUGGUUGAAGCAGAAUACAUGUAUGAUGCCUAUGCUGAUCGUGACAACAUACCGCUAGCAAAUGUUAAUGACAAAAAGCGCAAGAAGACUAAAAAUAGUAGAGGCCGUAGUUACCAAGAAACUUACGACAACUCUAGUGGAGGCGGAGGCUACCUUGGCGACUACAGUGCUCAUCUAGGCCGCGGGGAGCGUGAGCGUGAACGUGCGCGGCCAGAGCCGGAGAGAGCCAGUCACUCUCAAGCCGGAGGACAGCAGCGGUAUUCCGACAUGGCACCAAAGCAUUGGGAUUUCCCCAACAACGGCCCGCCUCGUUACCAGAGUCCUCAUGCUUCGCACUCCCACGCUCACAGUCCACCAAUGUCUACGGAGUACGAACGGCCACCUCCUUAUUAUUUCCCUGGCCCUGGUGAGAGCCGCCCUUGAAUUGCAUUUGACUGCGUCUCCUAUGCUGUGAUUAGCUGCUUUGUCUACCCAAUAUAAGCAGCAAAGCCUUUUCUUUUUAAUUCAGAAACUCAACAAAUUGUGGCAAAGAUAUUGUUGAAGCAAGAUUAUUAGAUCGUACUAGGGAUUCAUUCAUUAGUGGGCUAUUUCUUCUCGUCAUCUUUUAUUGACAAGCUCUUGGUGACUGUGUCACCUUGCAGAUUUCUUUCUGAUUCGGGUGCCUAUUUUAUUUGUGAUUUUGUGACUUUUGCUUGCCUGCUAUGGUCAAGCUACCAAGCCAUCUACUGCCAGUUACUGCCUUGAUACAUUCCUGAGCUCAGCCCACUCCUUUGCAUACCCUGUCCUCUUUUACUGGAUAAUGUGUAAGACAGGCUUUCAAAUGAAAUAUUCUGUCUUUCCUUGAGAAGUUUCUGAAGUACCAAGUACAUCACUCAGUUGUCCCAUUGUGGUCACAUCAUGUUGUUAGACGUAGGUAAAAAACAUGUCAUCACACUACUUUAGUUUAAAAAUAAAAACAUUUACUGCCAAGGAAUGGGCUGAGAAGGGACCAAUGACUUGAGUUGCAUAUUUUGAUCCUUUUGUUUUCCCCCAGAGACUAAUAGAUAAGUUUCUUUUUUCCCCUUGUUCCUUGUUAUGAGACUUACUUUUUCAACUAUGAUUAUUUCUUUCAUCUUAUUGUAACUUGUAUUUAAAUUAGUCAUGUGAUGUGGUAUGUUUGAUUAUUUAAGCUUUACUUCUGUGAUGCCAUGUCUCACAUUCUGAGUUGAGUUUAUUACAUUGAAGAUGCACAUGCAUUUCCAUGCCCAUGUCUUUUUUUUUUUUAAUAAAUUAUUAAAUGAAUAAUUAUUGUAUUUAUAAUAUUGUAUUGAAUCUCUCUUGCCAUAGUUUUUAUUUUGGUUCAGAUUGGCAUUUUGUCUUUGUGUACGUGAAUGCAGGUGUUAAGUUUUUAAUUUUGCUGUGAUUGGUCAUUUUUCGAAUUGAAGUGACAUCAUUACAUCAGUGUGUCCAUGUAGUAUUAACGAACAUGUCUAUAGAAGUCAUGAUUGUGUAAAUAUUUUUAGUGUAAAAUAUAUAUUGCAUAUUUUUAAAACCUUGUGUGAAUGUUAUGAUGCCUUAAAGUUUUAAGUAAGAUUUUAUUCAAGUGUUGGAAUUCGUAGAUUGAGGAGCAUUUUAAAGACAGAUGGAUAGUGGUUGAAAUCAACUUCAUCUAGAAGAGAAACCUUAUUUUGGAAACUGGUUAGUACAAAAUGCCUGUAGACUUUGAUUGGUUUUGGCCAAAGUGAAUACGUUAAUUUGCAAGUUGAUAUGCCACAUUAGGAUCUAGCAGUAUAACUUUUCAAAGUGGUUGCCAUAUGUGAGCACUAGAUUUACUAUCAGCCACCUCAGGAUAUUACUGAAGGCAUUUUCAUAAAUUUUGUCUUGUGAAAUUGUAGCACUUAGUGACUUAAGUCCAGUAACUCCAACUUGAAGGAUCAAAUUGUGUGAGUAAUCAACCACAAGCAGAGGCAAGACCUUUACUUUAGGAGAGAACCAUCCAUAAGGGAAAGAUAUUAAGAUUAUUUUUCACCCUAGAUUUAUUUAUGUACAUUAGCAAUGCUCCAAAGUUGUACAUAUUGCAUAUUGACAUUGAAUCCUGUUAACUCUUUGAAUGCAGAAUACAAUGUUCUCAACUCACUA